AGGUCUAAAGUUGUGAAGACUCGAAAGACAUUGUCAAUAAUCUCUCGCGAAUCGGAAUGGACGCGUACCAGCCACCGCGCCCGUACAUGAGACCGCCGUCUGUACCACCGCCAGCGGCGGAUCCUUACCACCAAUAUUAUCAACAUACGGGGAGGCCACCGUUGCCUCCUCCUCCGCAGCCUGGUGGUUACUCCAAUCAAUUCCAUAGCCCUCACUCUCCAUCGCCACCACCGCAGCACUGGGGACCACCUCCUGCCUAUCCUCCUCCUUACCCGAUUCACUCUCACCAGCAGCCGUUUAACGCAGCCGCCAACGGAAACAGUCAGUUUGCGCCCUCGCCUGCUGGACCGCCGCCUCGUCAGCCAUAUCCGCAGGAAUGGUCUCAACAAGAUCACAACGCUCAAGCUAAUAGUAACGCUGAGGAUUGGGCACUAAAAGCUAAAGAAUGGGCAGAGGUUCAACGCUCUGCAACGAACCAACCUAGUGGACAAGUCUACCACCAACACCCUGAUCAAGGCUAUCAAGAUGUUCAUCAACAGACGGCUCCAGCUCUCCAGCUCCCUAGCUAUCAGCAGUUUCCAGCUCCACCGCCGGAGAGAUAUCCAAAUUAUGCAACAGCUGGAUUGUCGCAUCAAGAAAACAUGCCUGUUCAUCAGCAGGAGGUACCUUAUAGUUAUUCUUCUGUUGCAGGGAGAGAAGAAUCUGGCAAUGCAACACAGCAUCAUGUGCAGAUAGGAGUGCCGAAUGGUGGGGGGCCUGUUCAUGCAGAGCAGCAAAUGCAAUACGCAUAUGGGGAUCAAACAGUCGCUCCAAUUACUAACCUUCACGACCAGCCUUUACAGUUUGCUACCAGAGAGAGUUCUGAUUACUCUAGUCAUCAUAACGCGUGGCUGCCCCAUGCCUCAACCGGAGUAGUUUAUCCUCCUAUUCCUUCGUCGGUACCUUCAAUGCCAGAGCAUAAUUCAUCUAUGGCUAUGCCUCCUGUUACGGGUCAUAACAUGCCUCCAUAUGGAGGGUAUACCCCACCAAAUCUCCAGCCUGUUGGACCCCCUUAUGCUUUUGGGACAAAGCCGCCUAUUCACUCUGUUACUGCUUUCAUGGACGACUCAUAUGCAGCAUCGUCUGUUCCUUCUAAAAACGUUAAUUUACCUAACUGGCUCAAGGAAGAGUUAUCGAAGAUCAAACCAUCUCAUGGAAAGCCUUCUUCAGGGAGUUUUGAGGAGAGAGAGGCUAUGGACGAUGAUAUACUUUAUAAACCUACCGAGAAAUUUGAUCAGCGUGACAACAAAAGGUUCAGCGCUUCUAAAUCUUCCGACGAAGAAGAGGAGGAUGAGGAGAAGGAUGAGGAUGAGAUGGAUGCAGCUAGAAGCACAGCAAUUAACUCUGAGAUAAAGCGUAUCUUGACUGAAGUUCUUCUCAAGGUUACAGAUGAAUUAUUUGAUGAAAUUGCAACCAAAGUCAUUAAUGAAGAUGGAGCAAUACAAAAAGGUUUGUUUGCUGUUAUUCUGUGCUAUUCAUCAUUACUUGUCCAGCACGAACCUAAGUCAUCAUCUUCUUUUCUGUCGGCAGCUGAUCCAACGCACAAGUCUUCGGCAAAAGUUUUGGUCUCAGUAGGAGGCACAGAUAAAAAAGCAGAUGUACUAGGCCUUGCUAGCUAUGCGUCUGAUGAUGAUGAUGCGGAUACUGAUGCUGCCUCUAGUGCUGAUGUCGAUGAUGGUGAUGGAGUUGAAAGUCAUGGCAUGGGGUCGAGAAACGAUGUUACUCAGCAGCCAAGCGCGGAUAAUCCUCCUGAACCUAAAGCAACGGUCGACACGAGAUUAAAUCCAGAAGUUGUAGCCGGUGAUGUAUCUCACAAUCACAAUAAGGCAGGCUUGGAUCAGAUGCUGGGGUCCAGGAGAAAUUCAUUCAGUGAAGGUAACAAAACUGUUAACGUAAGUGCCAGCUCUGAUGAUGCUUCAGGAUGCAGAACAAACGAUCCUGACAGAACAGUCAGUGAUAAAGAAGCAAUACUAGAACAGCCUCACAGGAAGAACUCUGGCUUGGAAUCAGAUUGCAGCCUUCGUCAGGACAGCAAUAAAAGUUCCGGGAAAGACUUGAGUGACGAUUUGAGUAGGGAUAAAAGUAGAGGAGAUGAAAUGAAAAGUGGAAAAGAGAAGGGAGAUUCUCGGAAUGGCUCAAAAGAUAGAGUGAAGCAAAAGGACAUGAAGUCAGCAGAGGAAGUUAAAGGCUUUGAAUCAAAUAAAAAAUCUACUGAUCUGGAUGUAAAAAAGGACUCCAAGGAUGCAGAGAGGCAUCACAGAACAAAUUCUAAGGAAGACCGGGGUAAAAAGAGGGAGAAGGAAAAGGAAGAACGGUCAAGACACAGACAUUCUCAAGGCUCAAGCAAAGACAAAAGAAGACGCUCUCCAACUAGUAAUGGAUCCUCUGAUGACUCAAUAAGAAAGUCCCGUUCGAGAAAAAGGAAUAUAUCACCAUCUCCUGUUAGGGCCAGAAGAAAACGCUCUUCUCCAUCGAGUGAUGAAUCUUCUGAUGAUUCAAGAAGGAAGUCUUCUUCUAGAAGAAGGAAUCGGUCACCAUCUCCCGGAAGGUCCAGAAAAAGACAUAUUACUUCGCGGUCACCACAUAGCAAGCAUUCUGAGAACAAGCACAGUUCCUACUCUUCUCAUGAAAAAUCCAGGUCAAAGCGGUCAAGGUCCAGAUCCCCCCGCAGGCGACAUCGGGAUUAAUGAACACAGUUGAGCAAAACCGUGGCCAGGACAAUGCUGUGCGCAGAGAUUUGGUGAUUCUGGAUGUGCCUUGGUUGAUCAAUGGGGUUUGGGUAAUGGUAACUGGGCAUGGGUAUAAAGUCACUCACUGGUUUGAGACGGAGAUGUCCAAAGAUUUUUUUUUUGACUGUUUGUUCUGAUUUGACUAUGUAGUGUUUGGUUUAAUAAGCUUUUCCUAUGUAA